AUGUCGAAGCUCAGCGAGGAGGAAAAGCUGGUUGUGACUCAGGAGCUUAUAAAGCACGUCGCGAAACUGAAGAAACUCGGAUCAAACAAGCCCGGGUUCCGGGGAGUCCCCGAAAAGGCUACCCUGGAUGAGAUAUUUAUGCCCGAUAACUAA